AUGUCGAUACCACGCCUACCAUCUAUUAGAGAACUUAUUAAACUUUAUGGAUUGUCUGCGAGAUCACAAUUAAGUCAGAACUUUAUUUUAGACAAAAAUAUCACUGAUAAAAUCGUACGAUGUGCUUCUUUAUCUGAGAGUACUCCAUUGGUGGUUGAAGUUGGACCAGGUCCUGGUUUACUUACACGAUCUAUACUAGAUGCUGGUAUCAAAAACUUGGUAGCUCAAUUGGCAGAAGCUUCCGAAGAUCGAUUAAAAGUGAUUCAGGGCAAUAUGUUGGAAUUAUCACAUCAAACAAUUCUCGACAAAGCACAACUAGAUACCUCAUCAAUAGGAACAAUAUCACCACUACAUAUUAUGGGAAAUCUACCAUUUAAUAUCGCCACACCACUUUUAUUACAAUGGCUUCACCUGCUUGCUGGCCGACAGGGGAUUUUUGGUGUUUCUUCUCAAGGUGCUCGUAUGACACUGAUGUUUCAAAAGGAAGUUGGCGAUCGAUUGAUAGCAAAAGAAUCUACAAAUCAUAGGGGAAGAUUGGCAAUCAUGGCUCAAAGUUUGUGUGACGUUCAAGAAGUAUAUCACGUUCCUGCUUCUGUUUUUGUUCCUAAACCAAAGGUGGAUGCAAGUGUGAUCCAAUUAAUGCCUAAAAUGAACAUGUUUGAUGGACAACAAGAUGCUUAUUUGAUAUUGGAAAAUAUUCUUCGAUAUUACUUUACAAAACGACGAAAAACUGUUGGACAUAUCACUAGACGGUUGAUGAAAGAGAUGCCUGAAUCCAAAUCAGUACUUGCUGAGCUGGAAGACAUCCUGGACUUCAAAGCACGCCCUGAAGAUUUGACCACCAACCAAUUUUGCCAAGUCGCCAAGCAUCUUUAUGAACACAGCAUUGUAGAACUCCCACUCUAA